CCUCCCUCUUCAUUCCGAACUUGAGGCACCAUCCUGGCCCUUCUAAUACAAACUGAAAUGAGUGGACCUCGGCGCGCUGUCCUCCUGGGGCUGGUGCUCUUACUUGUAGCAGUGGGACCGUGCCAAGGGAGAAGUGAAUCUCGAGAAAUCACCGACAGACACACUCUUUUAAACCUCAUCAUGGAGAUCAUUCAGGAACUUAAAAAAUACCAUUUGGGGGAAUACAAGCGAUUGCAGUUUUUCAGCAAACACGACUUUACUUUGGGCCGUAGAGAGGUUACUGACUACGAAGUUUAUCCUGAGGAGCAAAGAGUGGAAAUUGUUCCUCGAGACCUAAGAGUGAAGGACAAGUUUUUAAAACAUCUUACAGGUCCUCUUUAUUUCAGCCCAAAGUGCAGCAAACAUUUUCAUAGACUCUAUCACAACACCAGAGACUGUACCAUUCCUGCAUAUUACAAAAGAUGUGCCCGGCUUCUCACUCGGUUGGCUGUCAGUCCAAUGUGCAUGGAAGGAUAAGGAAUUGGAGCAGUAAAGAAGCAACACACCAAGAACCAUGAGAAGUGCCUUGGAAAUCAACAGGGAAAUAUCUUUAUAAACAUAUUCCCUUGCGAACAAGAGAUUUAUUUUUGCAGACUCUUCCAUAAUUCCUUUGAGUUUUUUAUGUUGUUGACACUAUUUGCAGGUAUAUAUAUUUGGUAUAUCAGUAUACCUGCCAGUGAUAUGUAUCGCUCUUUAUUUUAGAAGACAAAAGUUAUCAUACUCCACAUUUGAAGUAUAGCUCUAGAAAAUAACAGAAUAUUUCCUGUUGCUGAUUAGCAGAAAUCACAAAGAAUAUUUCUUUAGAAACAUAGACUCUAAAACUAUAUUUUCAUAUAGUAUAUGUUAUGAUGUGAUUUUAUUACUUUUACAAUUCCAUUCUUUGACCACUACUGGAAGUUGCAUGAAUGAAAAAGAAAACUUUGGUCAUAUUUUGGACAAAGUGAAAUAUAAAUCUGUGAACAACCUAUCCAGAUUAAAUUCAUUUGUCCAUUGUAUAAUAAAUGUAAAAUAGUAUGCCAGCUAUUGUGUAAUAUGUAAAUACUGUAAAUAAGCACAAGUAAUAAAUGAAGUGUUUAUUAUAAUCAA